AUGGCCGCUGCACCUCCACAAACCGAGGAGUCCUCCGUCUCGUAUGAGGAGCUCAACGACCUGAGUGCCGAAUUUGAUGAUGCGGAUCUUGAGAUCACCCGUCAAGAGGCCGUGGUGAAGCGGCCUCUCUAUGAGAAGCGACAUAAGCUCGUCUCGCAGAUUCCAAACUUCUGGCCACUGGUCUUUGAGCAAGCACCGCCAGACAUCGACGAGUUCAUACAACCUUCAGAUUCUUCCUUGCUCCUGAGCUCGCUGACUUCCCUGUCCGUGACUCGGUUUGAGAUCGAAGAUGGCAACAAUGGUGACCCUAGAAGCCUGUUAUUCAGGUUUGAGUUCAGCGACAACGACCACUUCGAAGACAAGGUCAUCGAGAAGAAGUUCUGGCAGAGACACGCCAAGAAUGGUUGGAGCGGUCUUGUGAGCGAGCCCGUCGAGAUCCACUGGAAGAAGGGCAAGGACUUGACGGGAGGACUACUGGGAAUGGCCAAGAGGGUCUGGGACGCUCAGCAGUCCAGGGCCAAGGGAGGCGACGCCAAGACACAGGAAUUAUCCCCAGAUGAGAAGUCGCUCAAGAAGAAGAUCGAAAACACCGGGCUCGGUGGGGUGAGCUUCUUCGCAUGGUUCGGCUACGUUGGCCGGAAUGUAUCCGCGGAGGAGAGCCAAGAGGCCUCGGACAAGGCACAGAAAGAACGCAUCGCCAAGCAGGAGGGCAAAGACCAGAAUGCCGAGGGCGAAGAGGAGGACGAGGGUGACGACGCGGAUGAAGACGACGAAGACGACCUGGAGAUCUUCCCAGAGGGAGACAGUCUCGCGAUUCACAUCUCAGAAGACCUGUGGCCAAACGCCAUCAAAUACUUCACCCAGGCACAGGAACAGGACGAAGUCAGCGACGAUGACUUUGAGUCUGAGGCGGACGACGACAACAAGGAGGAAGACGAGGUUUCAGAGGAGGAACCGCCUGCCAAAAGACGCAAGACAUGA